CUGAGGUGCAGUAAUCAUGUACUCGAAAAAAUUUGUUGGGCAAGGGCCCACCGCUCCGAUGAUUCAACUGGGGGUUAAUGGACCAAAUGGACUAGGUCCUGAAUGGUUACCCUUGAAACAGGAUUGGAAGCAACGAUGGUGCACACUAACCGGAGAAUAUACGGAUGAGUUUGCGAAGCGAAUUCAUGACUUCAAAACACGGAGCACUGAUGUUUUCGUCGUGUCCUUGAUGAAGACGGGUUCUACUUGGGUGCAGGAAUUGGCUUGGCUUCUGCUAAAUAAAAUGGACUUUCAACAAGCCAGGAAAAGCUAUGGUAUGGAGCGCAGUCCCUAUUUAGAGCAUUCGGGCGUUAUUAGUACGACCAAAGUGGAUUCGAUAGAUGCGUGCGAUAAACUUCAGAGUAAUCCUCGAUUACUUAAAUCCCAUUUACCUGCACAACUUUUGCCUCGAGGAAUCUGGAAGCAUGGACCUAAAAUUAUAUAUGUGGCUCGGAAUCCGAAGGAUGUCGUGGUUUCUACAUAUCACUUCUUGACUGGACUGAAUUGUUCCAAAUGUAGUUUGAAUGAAUUUGUGGACUAUUUUAUCGCAGAUAAGAUUGACUUUACUUCAUAUUGGGCGCACGUUAUCGACUUUUAUAGAAUGCGCGACGAGGAUAACAUUUUUUUUGUUACCUACGAGGAAAUGAAACGAGAUCUUGAAGAUGUGAUCAAAAGACUUUCAAAUUUCUUAUGUUGCGAAGUGCUGAGCAAAAGUGAAAUGGAGGAACUAAUUAACCACUUGAGCUUUGAGAAUAUGAAAAAGAGCAAGUUCGGCAACCACACCACAUUUAUGCAAGAUUGUCAUCAGCCGACGAAUAAGUUUGAAUUCCUGCGCCGUGGCAUUGUUGGCUCCUACGAGGAUGAGCUAAGUUCCGAGAGCCAGGAAAAAAUUAACCAAAUGUCUCUCAGCUUUCUGAACGAAUAUGGAAUCAGUGAAUCUGAUAUUUUUGGCCAAAUUUAAAUACUUUUUGUAAUACAGUACGGUUGUUAAAAUUUAUACUUUGAAUUGAUGACUCCAAAUUCAAGACAUCACGCUUUUUUUAUACAUUGAAAAUAAAAUUAUGAAU